AGCAACUGGCAGCCAUCUUUCAAGACUGGUUUGGAAAUUUAAAGCUAUAUUUUAUCGAUUUUUCUUGAAAUAAUAUCAUUUUAGUUAUGAAUUUCGUACACUUUAAUAAAUGACAUCAACAUGAAUCCAAAUCAGUAUCCAACAGGUCAAAAUGCCGCCCAGUACAUACCACAAUAUGCUGGUUAUAUGCCGACAGACCAAGCUAGUUAUUAUCCAGCUGCUUAUCCAGCUUACCCGGCGUAUCCAGGUUAUGCUGCCGUCGCAGGUCCUAUGGAUCCACAGUAUAUGGGAUAUUAUGGUAUGACUAGUGCACUUCCUCCAUCCACUACAAUUCCUACAUCACAAGCUCCAUCAGCAACCAAUAACCAGGGUGUUACAGGCCAACAGGACUUUGUAAAACAAUAUGAAGAAUGGAAGAAGCAGUAUGACCAGUGGCUUGAAAGAACCAAGGACCAUCCAGACCAGCAACAGUUUCAACAAUGGCAACAACAAAUGAAACAGUGGGAACAAAAUUUAUCACAAGUCUUGCCAGCACAACCACCAGCUGAUAAACAACAACCACCAUUACCUUCACAACCAACAAAUCCAAGUAAAACUAAUGUUUCAGGACAAACAGCACCAUUCAGUCAAUCAGGUUAUUCUGCUCCAACAGGUUAUUCAUCUCAAACAACUUAUUCUGGUCAACCUAGACAAUCUGGUCCUACUAGUUAUACUGGUCAGACUGGCCAAUCAGGUCAAACCAGUUAUUCUGGUCAAACAGGUUACUCCAGUCAGGCAGGGCAAAAGGGACCUGAAUACAGCCAGCAAUCUCUAAGUCAGCAAAUGGGACCACAACAGCCGAACACAACACAGACUACACAAAGUUUUGAAAAGCGAACUCCUCACAGUACAUAUUCAACACAAACCAGACAGCAAAAUAUGGGAGGCUAUCAAUCACAAUCGCAACCUCAAAACCAGUAUCAAAAUAAACAGAAUUAUCAAUCAGGUUUUAGCCAGCCCCAGAGACCUAAUGCACCAUCUCAAUUUAACAAUUCAUCAAAUGAAGGGAACUACUCCAGAAGCCAAGGCCCACCUUCUUGGCAACAAUCUCAACCAGGGCAGGGAAAUAAUUCCAACCAGCAUUUAUAUGAUCAAGAACAACCUGUUGAUCAGUAUGAUACCAAUCAAUCAUACCAUCAACCAACCCAAAAUCAAAACAGAUUUCCACAACCAAAUGCCGACACUUACCAAAACCAGUAUGGUGAAUCAUACGGAGGAGACCAAUCUCAAACAUCAAAUGCUGCAUACCAACAAAAAGGGCCACGAUUCUCACCAAGAGGCCCAGGUGUAGGACCUCAGGGUCAAAGACCAGGACCAUGGCCCAGAGGACAAGCUCCAAGAGGUCCUAGGCCUAGAGGUCCCGGUGGGCCAAGAGGUCCGAAUUUACAGGGUCCUGGAGGUGCAGUUUCACAAAGACCUAGAGGUCCACCUUACCAUAGUCCCACUCCCAGAGGUCCACCGUCUCAAGGUCCCAGAGGCCCAGCAUCGCAAGGUCCCAGAGGUCCACUAUCUCAAGGUCCCAGAGGUCCACCAUCUCAAGGUCCCAGAGGUCCACCAUCUCAAAGCCCUAGAGGUCCAGCUGCUCCUCAAGGUCCCAGAGCUCCUGUUUCUCAAAGUCCCAGAGGUCCAGUUUUACAAGGCCCUACCCAUGCUAGUUCCCAACAUCCUAGAGGUCCAGCAUAACACAGGUUCCCAGAGGUCCUGGAC